AUGAGAAAAGUUAUCAACGUUUUAAAACAACCAAUUAACCACAAUGAGUUGUCAUUCACAUUAAACAUAAAAUUAUCAAAAAAUCCUGAGAAAAUAGGUAAUCUCAUCAAUGAAAAAGCACCACCGGGUGCAAAAAUAAUGGAUAUUACUGUUAAUCGUAUUUCUAUUGAAAUUAAUGAAGAAAAUAUUGAUAUGACUAAAGUUAAGAAUAUUGAUUUAUUCAUUGAAGAAUAUAAAAAUGAAUUAACUAAUGAUGAAAUCGAAUAUAAUUGGAUUAUAUUUAAUGAAGAUGAAUUAAAUUCUUUAGUAGUUCAUGUAUGGAAUAAACCAAUCAUUACAUUUUUAUCACCUCUUUCAAAUAAUCAUAGUAGUGAACGAGAUAUCAUUGUAGCGGCUGUCAGAAAAAGAAGUAACAACUUAACCUCUGUCAAUUAUCCACCGUACAAUCUUUAUAAUUCAUUACAAAAGAAAACAUAUACAUUUGAAAAUGAAUAUGCAACAGUCAAACAAUUUACUGAUGCAAUUAUUGAUUUUGAAAAAUUAACCAGACCAAAUACAAAUUGGUUUGGUGGUGUUGAUAUUCAUCAUAUUUUUUACGAAGGAAUUCGUGGUGAUGGUAAAAAUGGUUAUGAAAUUAUGUGGGGUAGUUAA